AUGCUGGGGACCGUCCUGCUGCUGCUGGCCCUGGCCAAGCCCUUCUGUCCCAGCCCAGCCCCUGUGACAAACCAGAGGGCAGAGGCUCUGAAGAGGCUCCUGGAAGUCUUUGGCAUGGAAGAUCCUCCACCCCCCCCGGCUCACUCCAAGCAGCCCCCCCAGUACAUGGUGGAUCUCUUCAACACCGUUGCCAAUGCAGAUGGGGUCACCAAGAACCCCGACGUCCUGGAGGGCAACACCGUCCGCAGCUUCUUGGAUAAGACUCACAGUGAGAAGAUGAGGUUCCUCUUUGUGCUCUCCAGCGUGGGCAAGAAUGAGAAGAUCCUCACGGCAGAGCUGCAUCUGUACCGCCUCUGGCCAAGGGCUCCUGAUGGGCCCAAAAGGCACCACUUGUGUCAGGUCAGUGUCUACCAAGUGCUGAAGGGGGGUGACUUGGAUGCCCCAGGAGGGAAGAAGCUGCUGGCAGCCCGGCUGGUGGCACUGCAAGGCUCGGGCUGGGAGGUCUUCUCCAUCACACAGGCUGUUCGGGACUGGACUGAAGAUGAAAGCAGCAACCAGGGUUUGCUGGUGACAGUCCAGGGCCUGGGUGGGAGCCUGGUUGAAACCCCCCCCCUGCAGUUUGCCUCUGGCCGGGACCACCACGAGAGCAAGAAGCCCAUGUUGGUCCUGUUCACAGAUGAUGGGAGACGGGGAGCAUCGCUGCCCAUGGGCGACUUCCCAGCGGAUUUCCAGCCUCAGGCUCCCCUCCUCCCCUCCACGCUGCCGGUACCCAAACGGGCCGGGCCGCGCAGCACACGCUCACUGGACCAGCUCCAGCCCUGCCAGAGGCAUCCCCUGUCCGUGGACUUCGAGGAGAUCGGGUGGUCUGGGUGGAUCAUCUCCCCCCGGGGGUACAAUGCCUACCACUGCAAGGGCUCCUGCCCCUUCCCCCUGGGGGAGAACAUGCGGCCCACCAACCACGCCACGGUCCAGUCCAUCAUCAACGCCCUCAAGCUGAGCGAGGGGGUCAGCAGCCCCUGCUGUGUCCCCAACAAACUCUACUCCAUCAACCUCCUCUACUUCGAUGACGAUGAGAACGUGGUCCUCAAGCAGUAUGAUGACAUGGUGGCCGGGAGCUGUGGCUGUCACUGA